AUGGAGUGGUUAAUAACAGAUGACGGAAAGUACAGAAUAGAAUCUCUGUCAGCUGCAACGUUCCACGGUGCAUUAAGAGUUAUAAAAGAAUCCUUAUGCCAAGAUGAGACCGUCAGUAUUGGUACAGAAAUAAACAAGAAUGAAACGGCGGCGGAUGAGUUACUAGAGCUAGGCGCCGACGCAGCACUGGAUGGAGUAUCUGCGGUGGCUGUGCAUAUUGAAACAGGCGAAGUGGCUGCAGCUGCUUUUAAUAAAUUACAAGUAGCUACAACAGAUCCAUCUGAGAAACCAUUCUUCGAGAUAUUUGCAGCGGAGCGUUGCACUCAGGCAUCGUCGCGUGCGCUCAUUGAAUUUAUGGCGGACGUAGAUGGGCGCUGCAACUUUUUUGAGAAGUUCGGCGUAGACUGCAGCCUGGAAAUAAUGUUCCUAGCAACUCUCCAACACCACAGAUUCAAUAAACUUGGUACGAUACUGUGUAAAAUUUCUGUGGAGAUAGCAAGAAAACUGAAAAAUGGGCCUGUUUCAGUUAUAACUGUCAAGGAUUUUGGUCCCAAGUACUCUUUCAUGCCAGAGCGAGAAGCUGUGAAAAAAGUGCCAAAAAUCGUCCAAGCUAUAUGGACUGCAGAACCUGCUCAGAAGAUCGGGAAGGCGUUAGAUUUCAAAGUGUUUUUAACUGUACCGUUUACAGAGUAUUCUUAUAAUGGAAAGACUUUUUCGGAGAGGGUAGGAGCAAAUGUUACCUGUGAAGUUGCUGCAAUUAUAUUAUAA